AUGGAGUCUUUCGAAGCAUCUCAUCGUCCUGAUCCUUUUGAAGGUAUGAACAUAGCAGCCACCGAGUUUUUGAUGGACGUUGAGGGCCGAAGCUCUUGCCCAAAUUGCGGAAAAUCGCGAAAGUUUUUCUGCUACACUUGCUAUGUUCCUGUCGCAGAAAUAAAAUCACGGGUGCCUCGCAUAAACCUACCUGUAAAAGUCGAUAUUAUAAAGCACAAAAAUGAAAUCGAUGGAAAAAGUACUGCAGUCCAUGCAGCCAUUUUGGCACCAGAAGAUGUUAAAAUUUAUACGUACCCUAACAUACCCGACUAUCGGCAAGAAGAAGGUGUAGUCCUGAUAUUCCCAACACCAACAGCUUUGACGGUGGCUAGUUUAUUCAAUGGUGAGACGUAUCAUAUGAAAGAAAACUAUGGUCUACCUAAAGGCUAUCAUAUGGGCACGCUGUUACGAUACAGGUUGAAUGACAUCGUCGAUGAACAUGUACAGGAUAUUGAAAAUACACCCAAACUUGAUGUUAUCAGACUCAACAAUAAAAACCUCCCUGUGAAACGGGCCAUUUUCAUCGAUAGUACGUGGAGUCAGUGCAGAGGCAUAUACAAAGAUGAAAGACUCGCUAGUUUACGCACGGUUGUGAUCCAGAAUAGAAUUUCGCAGUUUUGGCGACACCAACGGAACAGUCCCAGGUGGUUUCUUGCUACGGUAGAGGCAAUCCAUCAGUUCGUAUUGGAAGUGCAUAUUGCUGCGUGGGGUCUUGACACGCAAUACCGGGGUCUAGAGCAUAUUAGUUUGAAACUUGAUCAUGUUUAUAAGGAUAGUAUUAGCUCAAUUACAUCGAAUACAGAUGUUGUUCAACCGUAUAACGGUCAGUAUGAUAAUAUGUUGUUCUUUUUUCGUCACAUGUAUAAUUUAAUACAUAAAUACUAUGACCACGCACAACUAAAGGCAUAUCGUAGGCCACUGUAUUAG